UUCAUGUAAGCAAGAAAAUCCAAGGUAUCGAGAAUGAAAUCCGGCAUAUGAAAACAAAUUUGGAUGAACUGAGAAGACUUCAGGGGCAAAUUAGAACCAAAGCAACAGAGAGAAGUACAUUAUUUACACUUCAGCAGCAGCAGUAUGCUGCACUUUCUGAGGAAAAUGAAGAUACUGAUGAGGAACUAAUGGAAUGGAAAACAAAAUUUGAAGAAAGGAUUGCAAUACUAGAAACAAAAAUCAGUAAACUAGGUAGAGAGAUGGAUGAUGAAGCAGCAACGAGCUCCUCACUGCCCCAGAUAAUCUCUGAAUUAACACAUGAAAUAGGAAAGCUCCAAGCAGAAGCUGAUGCUCACAUAUCUAUUAAGCAGGAACGAGACUCAGACAUCAAAAGGAUAUUCACCAAACAUAAUUUUGGGCCAGUUCCAAAAUUUCUAUGGAGUUUGGCCACAUUGCGAGCUUGCUUUAUUCUGCAUUGUUUUUAGUUUACAGUUUUAUUUCUUUUCGCUCGUCAUCUCAGUGGCUGGAUGCAUGAGUGCAUGUCAUGUUCCAAAUGAUUUUUACCAACUGUUAUGUAUUUUAUUAAAAGUGUCUGCCCUGUAUGUGCAAGUGUUUCAUCACUGAAGGUAUGCACUAAAUAUGUCUGUAUCCUUUUCUUGAGCAGAAAUCCAAUGAAGACCAGUUAGAUGUUUUAUGGAAACACUAUCUUAAAGUAAAUGCUCGCUACUCUGAAAUUGAUGGCCAGAUACAGUCUAA